AGAUCAAGGUGGAGUAUGUUCCUAAGCAAGAGCCCCCCAAAAUCCACCUGGACUGCUCGGGGAAGACGGCUGAGAACACCAUCAUUGUGGUGGCGGGGAACAAGGUGCGGCUGGACGUGCCCAUCACCGGGGAGCCCGCGCCCACCGUCUCCUGGAUGAAGGGCGACCAGGUGUUCACGAACACCGAGGGCCGCGCCCGCAUCGAGGUGCACCCGGACGAGAGCAGCUUCGUGAUCGACAGCGCGGAGCGGGGCGACGAGGACAAGUACUGCAUCACCGUCACCAACCCCAUGGGGCAAGACAGCGCCGUGCUGCACAUCAAGGUGGUCGAUGUUCCCGACCCCCCCGAAGCUGUUCGCAUCACCUCCGUGGGGGAGGACUGGGCCAUCCUGGUCUGGGACCCCCCCAAAUACGAUGGGGGAAAUCCCAUCACCGGGUACCUGAUGGAGAGGAAGAAGAAGGGCAGCAAGCGCUGGAUGAAGCUGAAUUUCGAGGUGUACGGGGACACCACGUACGAGUCGACGCGGAUGAUCGAGGGGGUGCUCUACGAGAUGCGCGUCUUCGCCGUCAACGCCAUCGGGGUGUCACAGCCCAGCCACAACACAAAGCCCUUCAUACCCAUCGCCCCCACCAGCGAGCCGACCCACCUCACGCUGGAGGAUGUGACCGACACCACGGCCACCAUCAAGUGGCGCCCGCCCGACCGGCUGGGGGCCGGGGGCAUCGACGGUUACCUGAUCCAGUACUGCCUGGAGGGCU